AUGUGGUCUCUUUUAGUCAGCCAAAGGGAGCGCCUGGAAGAUGUCGCGCUCCACCGACGAGGCCCUGGAGGUGGCGCCGGAGCCGGGUGCCUCGCGGUCCCGGAGGCGCCGCUGACGACGCCCCUUGAAGGCUUCCAGCUCGCACCGGUGGCGGGCUCCUUCCUCUUUGACGGCGGCGGCGGCCGUCGUCAGCGAAGCAUGAUUCGCCUGUGGCCGCCUCAACCUCCGAAGAGGACAACAGCGCCUGCACUUCCCGCCAGAACCGGAUCGCUUCGGGCGGCGGAUGCCGCGGCUAUCGUGAUGCCGCCCAAAAGCACGGUGGAUGAUGCCGUCCAAGCAGCCCGUGUCCGCCGGAGCCCACUUUUGGAACAGGUGGAGUACCUCCUGGGGUCGCGUCGAGCGACGCACGAGCAUGCCACGGACAAGGUGGUGUGGCCAGGAUGUCACCGCCCUGCCCCUCCUCCGGUCCCGUCUUUCGCCGAUUUCACGACGACAUCCAAGAAGGUCUCCGUCAAGAGCGGCGGCCGCGGAAGCGGAGGCUCUGGCGAGAGCGACAGCGACAGCAGCCACCACUGCGGAUCUGCUUCUCCCUAUCGUGGUCGCACCCAGUCAUCUUCUUCGGCAUCCAGCUCUUCGGAGCGCGCGGACAAGAAAGGAGCGGACAAGAAAAGCUUCACCUCCCCGUCUUCGGCCACAGCUGGAGGAGCAUCCUAGGACUCUGGCUCCGAGCGUAGCCUUCCUCGGAAAGCUUCUUCGGGCCGGUAAUUCGGGCAAGUGGUACCGCCUCUCGUGGACGUUGUUUCUGAUGAUCGUCACAACGUUCUUCUGCGUGAUGAUCAUGUUGUAUUUUCGAAUACUGUGUGGCGUAACAAGUCUAUUGAGUUGACAGACUCCCGUGGUGCUGAUGUUGCAGACACGAAACCGUGUAUUACGACCGAACCCAGUGGUGUUGCUGUUGAAGCUGCCCCACCGUCUGAAAAAUCAGAGCCUCUUGCCAUAGCGAGUACGCCCACAGAUGAUCGUGUCUUACUGCUUUCGUCCACCACUGCUCAUGCUCGCCAUGAAACUGUUGCCGCUGCUGCUUCGGCAGCUGAUGUCGCAAAUGUUGCUCGUGUCUAACGUGAGUACGUCACCCUCAACCUAAAAAAAGUUGAGCGUUUUGCUACUUUGCCUUUCCUUGCUACUAUGCCGCCAGCUGACGCGUACCAGCAGCUCAUUCGCGCGGUUCGAUCUGCACCUUGAGAUAUCCUAUUAUUAUGUGAUGAUCGUAGCGCAGAUUUGACGGACAACAGUUUUGUCCGCGGUUGGGAACGCCCUCUCAAAAAGCGAAUUUUGAGUGCGAUCACACCUGACAAACCUAAGUUCAUCCGACCUUGUCCUCUCUAUUUCUGAUUACUUUCAGCAAAAAUAAUCCGAGGAUGGUGAAGGAGCCACGGGCCCGGAGGCCUUCACGCUCCUUCUGCGGCUGUUGUCGGAGCAAUUCGAUGUCGGCGAUCGGCAGGAGUCGUUCUUGCGACUUCUGCAGUUUGGUGUCUCGAAUGGCACCUUGUUUGCGAACUACCUUCGAGCGUUCCGUCUUUUGGUUUCUUCAGUGACUGGGUCUGAGCGUGUCUUGGCUCCUAGCGUGUCUAUGGUGCUUGAGAUAGUUAGAAAUUCUGGAAGUAAAUCGUUUUCACCUUUGGCUCCGAUGCUGUACCCUGGUGACCUGGCUACGGCCGUGACACCGUUUGACUCGAUGGAUGCAAUGUGGCCGGCGUUUGCGCCUUUGGCCACCAACAAAACCCCCGCUAUAGGAGGUUCAGAGUAUUUUUCUUUGUCUCCUACGCCUGGCUCUUCGCAGCCCCGGCGUUCCCGCAACCGUGCAACUGCACCUGCGCCUUCGGGCCAGUGGGCACAAGGUUCUGCACAAAAUCCUUUUGUUUUGGCAGCUCAGUCUCAGGGUGGCGGUGAUGAUCCGUUUUCCCGUGACUACAAUGCAUGGCCCG